CAGCACGCAACAACCUUCAGGUGCAUCGGGGAGCGGAUUGCCCUCAGCAGCCGCCCCUGGCGAACUCCUCUGGGAACCUUGGAGGUGGACGCCGAGUUGAUGCGGAAGUUCCGAGCCCUGGGGUAUCCCGUCGAUGAGCGAGGCCAUGCCCAGGAGCACAGCAUUGAGAACCAGCUUCCCUUCCUCCAGCAUCUUGCGCCAGAUGUGAGGAUCCUCCCGCUUGGAUUGUCGCAGCUGACGCUUUCAGAAGCGGAGCAGUUGGCCAAAGAUAUCGUUACCAUCAUCGACAGAGAAAACAUCUUGCUUAUCGCGACCACAGACUACCUCCAUGCCGGGGAGGGGUACUAUGACCAGCCCCCUCGUGGCAUGCACCUGCACGAAUUUAUUCGCAAACGUGACGCGCCGGUACUGGCAGCCAUUGAGAAAUGUUCAACUACAGAGCUCAUCCGCGCAUCUGGGCAGACAGGUAUGUGUGGAUUGUGGCCGGCAGUUGUGGUUCUCACGUGCGCCAAGUUGAUGCGCUUCACAAACUGCCAGCUUCUGAAAUAUGCUGUAAGCGGUGAAGUCUUUCCGGCUGCUGGAUGUACUGGCUUUGCAAGCUGGAUCUUUGGCCUAGAAGAUUUCCCUACUGCCUACUAA